CUCGCGAGCGCACGUGUUGGUAUAAAUAUCGUCUCCCGAGCUACUUGUCAUUUAUCUGCCGGUUCGUUUCCGCUUUGUCCACUCUGUGUGUGUUUCCUCUGAGAUAUAAAUUGCCGACAUCAUGAGCUCAAAGAGAGGUCUUCUGGAGCGUCUCAAUGCUGGUGAGAUUGUUGUUGGUGAUGGUGGUUUUGUGUUUGCCCUGGAAAAGAGGGGCUAUGUCAAGGCUGGACCAUGGACUCCAGAGGCCACUGUUGAAAACCCAGAGGCCGUGCGCCAACUCCAUCGUGAGUUCCUGCGUGCGGGUGCUGAUGUAAUGCAAGCAUUCUCCUUCUAUGCCAGUGAUGACAAGCUUGCAAACCGAGGCAACCAGGCACAGUCAAAAUACACUGGUGCUGCCAUCAACAAGGCUGCCUGCGAGCUGGCCGAUGAAGUAGCGAAGGAAGGAAACGGGAUUACCUGUGGUGGUAUCUGCCAGACACCAACAUAUCUGAGCGGACUUGGAAAGGAAAAAACGCAAGCAAUCUUCAAGAAACAAGUUGAUGUGUUCGUGGAAAACAAAGUGGACUUUUUAUUGGCAGAGUAUUUCGAGCAUGUAGAAGAAGCUGUUUGGUGUGUUGAGACUUGUAAAGCUUCCGGUCUCCCGGUGUGUGCCUCCAUGUGUAUUGGACCGGAAGGAGAUCUCCAUGGUGUCCCAACAGGAGAAUGUGCUGUCAAAUUAGCUGAAGCCGGUGCUGAUGUUGUUGGAAUCAACUGCCACUUUGACCCCGACACUGUUCUUGCUGGAGUGAAACUCAUGAAGGAAGCAUUGGAAGCAGCCGGCCUCAAACGCCAUCUUAUUUCUCAACCACUUGCAUUCCAUACUCCUGAUGCUAACAAACAAGGAUUCAUUGACCUGCCAGAAUUUCCAUUUGGUCUUGAGCCCCGUAUUCUGACAAGAUGGGAGAUGCAGAAGUAUGCCCGUGAUGCCUAUGAGCUUGGCGUGCGCUACAUUGGAGGCUGCUGUGGAUUCGAACCGUACCACACACGUGCCGUCUGUGAGGAGUUGAGCAAGGAGCGUGGAAAGAUGCCCGAAGGAUCUGUGAAACAUGACCCAUGGGGAGAGGGUCUUCUCAUGCACACGAAACCAUGGGUUAGGGCUAGGGCCAAGCGUUCCUACUGGGAGAAUCUGAAGCCAGCAUCUGGACGGCCACUCUGUGGUGCCUUUUCCAAACCAGAUGCAUGGGGAGUCACUGCUGGUGAUGAAAAUCUGAAGCAGCAGGUGGAAGCCACGCAAAAGACUGCUUAAGGAAUGAGUCGUCAUGGUCGAGUGGAUCAGCAGAAACGGACCGUCAAGUCAUCUGGAAUCUCCGGUGGAAAAUCAUGUGCACUUGACUGGGCAUUACUUUUUGGUGCUGGAGAGAUAACUGAUAACUUUGUUUCAAACUUCUUCAUAGUAUUGUGCGUUAACGCUUGCACCUUAUGAUAAAGUAGGAGUUGUCUAGAAUCGGAAUUAUUCAUACCUCAGUUUAUCUCUUUGUAAUAUUGUGCAUAAAUUUCAUUUUGGACAUUUGGUGCUAUAAGAUCAGCUUCUCCUGUCCUGUCUCUAGUCCAUUGCAUCUUUUUUUACUGAUUUUCAUUUGUAAAGUGGUGCAUUGCAGUGCACAUUGCUCAAUAUCCAGUCUUCCAACUUCUAUCAUUCCAAAUUAAAUGAUUGCCUGUGAAGUAAUUUUUGAAAAUUGCUCUAAUAAAAGUCUGUGCAUUUAUAUAA